AUGCACGUUUUUGUGAAACCUGCUGAGCCUAAACCAGAUGUUUUUGUGAAACCUGCUGAACCUAAGCCAAUUGUAGAACCAAAGGAACAUGUAACAAUAGAAUGUACAGUUAGUAAAGAUAAAGCUGAAGAAGAUGGAAAGGAGUCAGGUACAGAUAAAACCAUCGGCAGAAGAAGAUUUCGUGAACUUAGACAACGUAUGCAAACAGAGGACGAUGAUAUUCCCAUCAACAGUUCACCUCCAGACAGUCAAACGUCAUCUAUCGAGGCUGGAGUCGGGGACAGUGCAUCAGUAACGCUUGCACCGAGUGUAACUCAGUGUCCCCCUUCUACCACCCUUACCCGUGAAAGCCAGAUGUCCUCCAUUGCUAGUAUACCAAGCAAAGACGAGGACACAGCAUCGGGUAAGGUGUCCCAGACAUCCAGCAUCCUUACGUUAUCAGGGGAUAUCCUUCUGGAAUCCUCUGUUAACAGUAGGUCGAAUCAUACGUCUCAGUCACAAAAUGAUAAGACUGUUAUGCUUCAAGAACCUGAUGUCAUCGCUAGUACAAAGAAUAAUGGAAAGUCGAAUGAAGACGUAACUAUGGCUGGGAUACCUGUUGCACCACCGAGACGUAAAAAAAAGUCGAAAGCUCAAACACCUACCGACCUCGCACCUUCUAAAGCAGAAUCAGUAUUACCUGCCUCGCCAUUGCCAAGUCCAGCAAGUACCAUUGAAUCUAUUACUAGAGAAUUUGAACAUUCUCUCGAUAUUCGAUCUGCAACGAAAGGACAAUAUGUUGUCAAGCCACAGGACGAAGAUAAAUCAAAAGCUGAAGGUCCGUCGAGCGAGGAAUUAGAAAGAAUAGAGAAGAUGAAAGCUGAAUUAUUGAGUGUGAGGUUGAGCGACAAGAGUAGCGCAUUGGGAUCUGUGUCCAGCAGUAGUAUUGGUCGCCAUUCUUUAGGGCCUCAUAAAUUAACGGGUUUGAGUCCUCAAGGCUCGAAAGAAAGGCGAAAAUCGGCAGGCGAUCAAGACAUGAUUCAGCAAUUAAACAUGUUUGUUAGAACCAGGACAGAUUCUGGGAAGCGUCUCACAGAUAUGGAGAUCUUGGAACAGGUAACCGUAUUAAACCUAGACACCGGGGAGAGAGUACCAUUAAGUAUAGCCGAAGACAAAUUACCACAGUGCAUCAAUCCCUUAUCGCUUCAUAUUAUGAGACUUACUUCGGAAUAUAUAAGUAAUUCUAGUCUAGAGAAAGAGAAAGAAAGUGACGAGGAAAGUGUCGACAGUAAAAUGUCGAGUUUACCACCCGACGAAGACGUGUCCGUUGGUAGAGUUCGAAAGCGAACUCAAAAGUUAAAACGAUUCUUGGGCUCUACUGUGAAGAAGACGAUGGACAAGGCAAAAUCCAUCGCGCAAGAAGUUUCGCACGCGAGACACAAGGAAGACGUUAUGGACAUAGUAGACGAAGUCUAUCCCGGAGAACAGCAAUACAUAAAGUUAAAAGCGUCCAACAGUCAUAAAGGACCGUACGAGUUUAGUUGUUUGCAACACGUUCAAGAUUUGAGCGGCGAGCACGCGGGUCCUGUUUGGUGCAUGAAAUUCUCGGCCUGCGGACGAUUACUCGCCACAGCUGGCCAAGAUAAGGUUUUAAGAAUUUGGGUUCUGCGCGAUGCUUUUACAUAUUUUCAAGAUAUGCGAACUAAAUACAACGCCGAGAAAGUUAGUCCCACUCCCUCGCAAGAAUCUUUAGUCUCGCAACAGUCUAUGGAAGAUCCUAACGUCGUGGCCAGUGCCUUUAACGAAAUAGAAGGAACGAAAAGCCCUUUUAUGCCGAAACCGUUUUGCACUUACACCGGACACACCUCUGACCUGCUCGACGUUUCAUGGUCUAAAAAUUAUUUCGUCUUAUCCUCGUCGAUGGACAAAACCGUGCGGCUCUGGCAUAUAUCACGGAAGGAGUGCUUAUGCUGUUUCCAGCACAUCGACUUCGUCACAGCGAUAGCGUUUCAUCCUCGCGACGAUCGUUACUUCAUUUCGGGAUCGUUGGACGGCAAACUUCGAUUGUGGAAUAUACCGGACAAGAAAGUAGCCGUGUGGACCGAAGUCGAUGGGCAAACCAAGUUGAUCACUGCUGCGAACUUUUGUCAGAAUGGGAAAUUCGCGGUGGUCGGCUCUUACGAUGGUCGAUGCAUAUUUUACAAUACGGAUCAAUUGAAAUAUCACACCCAGAUACACGUCCGAUCGACGAGAGGGAAAAAUUCAAGGGGUAGAAAGAUCAGUGGUAUCGAGCCGAUGCCGGGGGAGGAUAAGAUUCUAGUGACUUCGAACGACAGCCGCAUACGCUUGUACGAUUUGCGAGAUUUAAAUUUAUCAUGCAAAUACAAAGGUUACGUUAAUGUUAGUAGUCAGAUAAAAGCAAGCUUCAGUCCUGACGGGCAAUAUAUAGUCAGCGGUUCGGAGAACCAGUGUAUUUAUAUUUGGAAAACUAAUCACGAUUACUCGAAAUUUUCAAGCGUACGUAGAGAUCGGAAUGACUUCUGGGAAGGUAUAAAAGCUCAUAACGCGGUAGUAACGUGUGCAGUAUUCGCGCCGAAUCCAGAUAGUAUCAUUAAACAGAUCGAGGAAAGGGAGCAGUGGGAAAACAAGGAGGACGCGAAAAAUUUAGCUAGUUCGACCGUGGGUGUAUCCCCUGUCGAUCCCGUGGUAGAACAGCGUACCAAAGGUUGCGGUGGUCACGUCCUCGUGAGUGCCGAUUUCAAUGGCUGCAUCAAGGUUUUCCUAAAUAAGACGAAACCUAAGCAUAGUUCCCUACCAGCAUCUGCUCUCGCGUAACGUACAUGAUACUAUAUUGAUUUAUGCAUUAUUGUUAAUACUAAAAAGAUCAAUAAGAACACCAGUAUAUUACGUA